UCAGUGAACUGCUCUUUCACUCCUCUGAACACAUUGAACACUGUUGUGAAGAUUAAACUGAAUCUUUUAAUUGAAUCUGAAGAUGAAUCCUCCGUGCGCGCGCUGCGGGAAGAUCGUUUAUCCGACGGAGAAGAUCAGCUGUCUCGAGAAGAACUGGCACAAAGGCUGUUUCCACUGUGAAGUGUGUAAGAUGACCCUCAAUAUGAAGAACUAUAAAGGCUACGAGAAGAAACCGUACUGCAGCGCUCACUAUCCGAAGACAUCGUUCACAAUCGUGACAGACACGCCAGAGAACCUGCGACUGAAACAGCAGAGUGAACUGCAGAGUCAAGUGAAAUAUAAGCGAGACUUUGAGGAGAGUAAAGGACGAGGAUUCAGUAUCGUCAGCGACACGCCGGAGCUACAGAGACUCCGAAAAACACAAGAGCACAUCAGCAACGUAUGAAACCACCUGUUAUAACACUGUAAUAACACAAACUGACUGAAUGUGUUGUGUCUGUCAUUUAAUAUCCAUAUGAAGUGUGUGUGUGUGUGUGUGUGUGUGUGUGUAUAUGUGUGUGUGUGUGUGUGUGUGUGUGUGUGUGUGUGUGAGAGAGUGUGUGUGUGUGUGUGUGUGUGUGUGUGUGUGUGUGUGUGUGUGUGUGUGUGUGUGUGUGUGAUUUAUUCUGGGGUGCAUUUUGGUCUCUAAACACAAUGACACAACACAAGUACUAAACGUACUUUCAGUUUUCAUAUAAAUUACCCAUAAUUCAUCAUAUAAAAUAACCUGACCCUGUGAACAUGGACGACGAGAGAAUGUGGAUUUCAUGUUUUUGUGACUGGAGCGAUUCUGAGCUGCAGGUGAGAUAAUCUCUGUUUUCUCAUUUUACUUCUAAAUGAAACACGAUGUUCAAGGAAAUAAUGAUUUUCUUGGUGUGGAAUUGAUGGGAUUGUGGAAGUGGAAGAGGUGGAGCAGGAUUAUGAAGACAAACAUCUCUGAGUGAUAAUAACAUGCACUUAUAAGACCAGGAACAUGUGUUAAGAAACUAAAGUUUAAUUUCAUGUGGACUUUUAAUGUGCUCUGAAUUAACCUCUCUCUCUCUCUCUCUCUCUCUCUCUCACACUCACUCACUCUCUCUCUCACUCACAGUAUCUCUCUCUCUCUCUCUCUCUCUCUCUCAGUAUCUCUCUCCUCAUGUAUCUGAUCUGAUGUCUCAGGAGAUCUCAUCCAGUGCUCAUGUGCUUCAGUCCAGUGGAAACGCUGCUGAGAUCUCAUGAAGAGACUCAUCUGAUUCUUGAGAUCCCACAGACACACACACACACACACUCUCACACACACACAUACACAUACACUCACUCACACAUACACACACACACUCUGACACACACACACAUACACAUACACUCACUCACACAUACACACACACACU